GUUAAAAGAUUAUUAAAUGAAAAAAGUUUUAAAAGUAAUGCCGAAAGAUUACAAUUUUUAGCUAAAAUUAAUAGUAAAAGAAAGUAUAGAGGUGCUGAUUUAAUUGAAGUGGUUUUAAAUACGGCAAAACAUGAAAGGUUUAUUAAUGGUGAUUCUAAAAUUGAUAUUGAAAAUUUAUUAAAGGAUUGGAUUACUCCUAAUACGAGAAUGGAAUUUCUCAACAACCAUUAA